CCGAGUAUGAAGAUUUUGCUCAUCUUCUUCUUGUUUUACUGUUCCAUUGGUUUUGCUUCCUAUGGUUCAGCUGCUGUGGCCAACAAUGAUGAAGCAUCUGCCUUGCUUUCACUAAAAGCAGGCCUGCUUGAUCCAUUGGGGAGUCUGAAGAAUUGGAAGGCUGAAUCUGAUCACUGUAAAUGGACUGGUGUGUGGUGCAACACUGAGGGUCAUGUAGAGAAGCUUGAUCUCUCCCACAUGAAUCUCAGUGGUUCAGUCUCAGGUGACGUCCAAUGGCUCAAGAGUCUCACUACUCUCAACCUGUGCUGCAGUACAUUCUCUUCAGCAUUGCCGAAAUCCAUGUCAAAUCUCACAGCACUGAAGAGCCUUGAUGUGAGUCAGAAUUCCUUUGUUGGUGAUUUUCCGGUGGGACUUGGAAAUGCGGAUGGCUUGUCAUAUCUGAAUGCUUCUAGCAACAACUUCUCGGGGAUUCUCCCCGAGGAUCUAGGCAAUGCCACAAUGCUGGAGACUCUGGAUCUUCGAGGGAGCUUCUUUGAAGGGGAGAUUCCCAAGUCCUUCAGGAAGUUGCAAAAGCUGAAGUUUCUUGGCCUCUCUGGAAAUAACCUCACAGGUCAAAUCCCAUCAGAGCUUGGGGAGCUGAUGUCAUUGGAGAGCAUCAUUCUGGGGUACAAUGAGUUCCAAGGUGGGAUUCCAUUGGAAUUUGGAAACCUCACCAACUUGAAGUAUCUUGAUUUGGCAGUUGGCAAUCUCAGUGGUGAGAUUCCAGCCGAGUUGGGAAAGCUGAAGCUGCUAGAGACAGUGUUCUUGUACAAGAACAACUUUGAAGGUAGAAUCCCUCCUCAGAUUGGCACCAUUCCUUCGUUGCAGUUGCUUGAUCUCUCCGAUAACAAGUUAUCAGGUGAAAUCCCAGCUGAGAUAGGUGAGCUGAAGAAUCUGCAGCUUCUGAAUCUCAUGUGCAAUAAGCUGUCAGGUUCAGUGCCACUGGGACUUGGAAACUUGACUCAGUUGGCGGUGCUUGAGCUGUGGAACAAUUCUUUAUCAGGGUCUUUACCAAGUGAUCUUGGUAAAAGUGCUCCAUUGGUGUGGUUGGAUGUAUCAUCCAAUUCAUUUACCGGUGAGAUUCCAGCGACAUUGUGCAACAAGGGCAAUCUUACCAAGCUCAUCCUCUUCAACAAUGCCUUCACAGGUCCAAUUCCAGUUGGCUUGUCAACCUGUGUUUCACUUGUUCGUGUCCGAAUGCAGAACAAUCUUCUUUCAGGGACAAUUCCAGUUGGUCUUGGCAAGCUUGGGAGGCUUCAAAGGUUAGAGUUGGCUAAUAACUAUCUCACUGGUGCACUACCAGAUGACAUUUCUUCUUCUACUUCAAUUUCUUUUAUUGAUCUCUCUCGAAACCGCCUACAUUAUUCUCUUCCUUCCACCAUUCUCUCUGCUCCAAGUUUGCAAACCUUCAUGGCCUCCAAUAACUUCUUAGUAGGAGAGAUUCCAGACCAGUUCCAGGAUUGUCCUUCGCUUUCUGUGCUUGAUCUCUCAUCAAACAGUUUCUCUGGAACCAUUCCAGCAAGCAUUGCUUCAUGUGAGAGAUUAGUGAAUUUGAAUCUUGCCAACAACCAGUUGACUGGUGAAAUCCCAAAGUCUAUUGCCAUGAUGCCCACAUUGUCCAUUUUGGACUUGUCUAACAACUCUCUCACUGGAGGUAUACCAGAAAAUUUCGGUAUCUCUCCAGCCUUGGAAACUCUCAAUGUCUCAUACAACAAGCUAGAGGGUGCUGUCCCAGCAAAUGGCGUGCUUCGAACAAUAAAUCCGAGUGACCUUGUAGGCAAUGCCGGUCUCUGUGGUAGUGUGCUGCCUCCUUGUGCUAGAAAUCCAGCAUUGGGAUCAAGGCAUAGGAGCUUGCAUACAAAGAAGAUUAUUGAAGGGUGGGUGAUUGGGAUUUCUUCAGCUUUAGCAGUCUGCACUGCACUUUUUGGUGCAAGGUUCGUAUACAAAAGAUGGUAUGCGAAUGGAAGCUGCUUCGAAGAUAGGUUCGAUGUGGGAAAUGGAGAGUGGCCAUGGAGGUUAAUGGCAUUCCAGAGGCUUGGGUUUACAACUGCUGACAUUCUGGCUUGUGUGAAGGAAUCAAAUGUGAUUGGAAUGGGAGCUACUGGCAUUGUCUACAAGGCUGAGAUAACAAGAUCAAACACAGUUGUUGCUGUUAAGAAGCUGUGGAGACCAGCAACAGAUGUUGAAACUGGUAGCAGUGGUGAUCUAGUAGGGGAAGUGAAUCUCUUGGGGAGGCUAAGGCAUCGAAACAUUGUUCGAUUACUAGGUUUUCUGAACAAUGACACCAAUUUGAUGAUAAUAUAUGAGUAUAUGAACAAUGGCAGCCUUGGAGAAGCCCUUCAUGGCAAGCAAGCUGCAAGGUUGCUUGUAGAUUGGGUUUCAAGGUAUAACAUAGCAGUCGGAGUUGCGCAAGGUCUCGCUUAUCUCCACCAUGAUUGUCACCCACCAGUCAUUCAUAGAGACAUCAAGUCCAACAACAUACUACUUGAUGCAAACCUUGAAGCUAGGAUUGCAGAUUUCGGGUUGGCAAGGAUGAUGGUCCGGAAAAAUGAGACAGUUUCCAUGGUGGCUGGUUCAUACGGCUACAUUGCCCCUGAAUAUGGAUACACAUUGAAGGUUGAUGAGAAGAUUGACAUCUACAGCUAUGGUGUGGUACUAUUGGAGCUUCUAACCGGAAAGAGGCCAUUAGACCCUGAGUUUGGAGAGUCAGUAGACAUUGUGGAAUGGAUUCGAAGGAAGAUUAGGGACAACAAAUGCUUAGAAGAAGUAUUAGACCCAAGUGUAGGAAAUUCCAAGCAUGUUCAAGAGGAGAUGCUCUUAGUCCUUAGAAUAGCACUUGUUUGCACUACCAAGCUUCCCAAGGACAGACCCUCCAUGAGAGAUGUCAUAACCAUGCUUGGAGAAGCAAAGCCUCGAAGGAAAAGCAGUAGCAACAACAAUGAUGCAUAUGCAACUAACAAAGACCAACCUGUCUUUAGUACCUCACCUGUAAAUGGUCUUCUAUAG